AUGGCGGAUAGACUCAAGCAGCUCACGAAUCACCUCCAAGACAACAAUUCCAACAUGUCCGUCACAGCAGAAACCUGGGAAAGCGUCCCGCUUGCUCCCCCUGACGCCAUAUACAAGCUGACCUACGCGUACAAGGACGAUACCUACCCCCAGAAGGUCAAUCUCGGCGUCGGCGCAUACAGGGACGACAACAACAAGCCCUGGAUCCUCCCCGUCGUGAAAAAGGCUACUGAACGGCUACUCCAAGAUCCCAACCUCGACCACGAGUAUCUCCCCAUCACCGGCUUGCCGGAGUUCACCAGCGCGGGCGCGCGCCUCGUCCUGGGUCCCGACUCGCCUGCGCUCCUAGAGGGCCGGGUCUCGAGCGUGCAGACCAUCUCGGGAACGGGCGCGAAUCAUCUCGGCGCGCUGUUCUUGAGCCGCUUCUACCAGUGGGAGGAGGGUGUGCAGAAAGUCGCGUAUGUGAGCGACCCGACGUGGGUGAACCAUUUCCAGAUCUUCAGAGGUGUCGGCAUCGAGCUCAAGACGUAUCCUUACUACGACCCCGCGACGAUCGGACUCGCGUUUGAGAAAUAUCUCGCAUUCCUCAAGGCUGCGCCGCGGCGCUCGGUGUUUGUGAUGCACGCGUGCGCGCAUAACCCCACGGGCGUGGAUCCAACGCGUGAGCAGUGGACGCAGAUCGCGGACGUGGUGCUCGAGCGAGCGCAUUAUGUGUUUUUCGACUGCGCGUACCAGGGCUUCGCGAGCGGCGAUCUGGACAACGACGCGUGGGCGGUGCGGGAGUUUGUGAAGAGGGGUGCGCCGCUGCUGAUCUGCCAGAGCUUCGCGAAGAACGCGGGGCUGUAUGGGGAACGAGUGGGCGCGCUGCACAUCAUACCGCCCGACGGGGAGCGGGCGCAGUCCGCCGGCGCACGGAGCGCGUCUGGACUGUUUGAGGAAUGGAAGGUAGACAUCAAGACGAUGGCCGAGCGCAUCAUCGCCAUGCGGAAAGAGCUGCACCGGCUGCUGACGGAGGAGCUGAAGACGCCGGGGAAUUGGGAUCACAUCGUGAACCAGAUUGGAAUGUUCAGGUGA